AUGGGAGGGAUCGGCAAAACAACUCUUGCUCAAUUAGCAUACAAUGACGAUAGGGUGAAGGCCUAUUUCCAUGAAAGGAUGUGGGUCUGUGUGUCUGAUCCUUUUGACCCAGUGACGAUUUCUAGGGCUAUUCUUGAAGCCUCCAGAAAGAGUCUUGUGGUUUCCAUGAGCUGGAAGAUAUUUGCUCAUAAAACUACCUCAGGGGAUGAGAAACUAAUUAACCUGAGACAUCUUGAAUGGGAAGGCAGUAGAGUAUUGAUGUUGCCAAAAGGAAUCGGGAGAUUGACCUCACUUCGGACAUUAACUGAGUUUCGUAUAAUUGGUGUAUGCAAAAUAGGAGAACUGAAAAACUUAAACAGCCUCAGGGGAGGUCUUGUGAUAAGUCGGAUAGAUAAUGUGAAAGAUGCAGAGGAGGCUGGCGAAGCAGAAUUGAAGAAUAAGAAACACCUCCAUCAUUUGGAACUAAUGGGUUUUGGGUGGCUUGGCUCAGCUGCCUCAAAAGGUGUGGCUGAAGCUCUACAGCCUCAUCAAAACUUGAAGUCUUUAAAAAUAAGUUAUUACAGUGCUGCCACCGAGUUCCCCAGUUGGAUAGCGGCCUCAUCGCUGGCCCAAUUGAAAAAGCUUCAAAUUAUGCACUGCGUACAGGUUACAUAUUUGCCUCCAUUGGGGGAACUACCUCUCCUUGAAAGCCUGAUAAUAGAGCAUAUGAAGAGACUGAAAUACGUGGGUGGUGAGUUUUUGGGAUCUUCAACAACUGCAUUCCCAAAGCUGAAGCACCUCCGUUUUAAUGAAAUGGAAGAGUGGGAGAAGUGGGAAGUAAAGAAGAAGAUGAAGAAGGGAGGUCAGUAA